GAUCAACGACGGUACCCUUGAGAACAUAUCUAACGGUUUGGGCAUAGCUGCCAUGGCUCUCAUCGUAGUAUAUCAUUUCGUCGCUGUCAACGCCCGACGAAUGCAACAGGAAUGAAAGAUCUUAGCCCGUCAUUUCACGAGAUAGACUACCAGCCUUCCGCAGGCCGCAGAGCUAAGCUCUAUCCUCGAUCUUCCUAUAUAUCAUUUGUUAUAUCCUCAUAUCGCUCAGCAUGAAUUUCUCCACUACCGUUUCAGCGGUGUUUGGAGAUCCAACCGCAAUCUCCGAUUCCCCAUUCGACACCGGACUCUUCAACACCACCUACCCCGAGAUCGUGAACGGAACCACCGGUCAACCUGUAUUCCUUGAUGAUGGUGAAGUGGAAGGUAAUUACAUCUUCAAUACAUUCCUUGGGCUCCUGAUUGUCCUUGUCGCCUCCAUGUUAAAUGCCUUCGGGCUUAAUCUUACCAAAUUGGAUCAUAUCCGUCAGCAAGCCGUACCCAAGCGGGAGAGGAAGAAGGAGUACAUGAGAGUGUUAUGGCUAGUCGGGAUGGGUACAUAUAUUGCUUCACAAGUCUUCGGAUCACCAUUGGCUCUUCGAUUCUUGCGACCUGAUUGGGUCGCACCACUUGGAUCAUCUUCCCUUAUAUUCAAUUUCAUCUUUGCGUACUGGAUGGUCGGCACUCCUGUCACACCUACAGAUAUCCGGGGAACAGCAGUAAUCGUCUUUGGAGUCAUCCUCAUUCUCAUAUUCUCUAGCAUCAACCACGGUUUGCAACAAUCUCUGAGCAUCUCUCGUCUCAAUUCCUUGUGGGCACGCCCGGCCUGGAUAGCCUAUUUUAUCCUCGUUUCACUUUUCACCAUAUCUACCUAUCUAGUUUCAUCACUUUUCGCUGCUGUUCUAGCCUCAAGAGCCUCGUAUUCACCCUUACCCUCGCCCACGCUGGAGCUACCCACCUCGAGGCCUACCUCUCCACCUCGCCUGCUGGCCAUAUUCGGUGGUAUCCUGAGCAUUCGGAGGAAAUUUGAGCACUCUGCUGUCUUGCGCCUGGAGAAGUUCUUCUCUCGAACAGGUGACGCUCGUAUCGUUUGGCUUCAGGGGAUUGGUUGGGCAGUCGCGGGUGGUAGUCUGGCCGGGCUGUGCCUCGUUUUUACCAAAGCAGUGGUCAAGAUAUAUUGGCUCCCUGGUCAUCCUCUGGUCCACGUCUCAUCGAUGGCCUCACUAUCUCUGGUAGUAGUGACCGCAGUGGCUCAGAUUAUUUGUCUCAACAGAGCUCUGCAGUGUGCCGAUACUGUUGUCGUCGUGCCUCUGUUCUACGCGGGAUAUACGGUUCUGGGGUUUGUCAACUCUCUCAUCUUCUAUAAUGAGAGUGGACAAUACGCCCGUUGGGUCCUCAUUGCUGUUUUCAUCUCCAUCGCCAUUCUCAUAUCAGGAGUUGUCCUUCUCUCGCUCAAGUCAUCCGUCAAAACCGCCACCGAUCCGUAUACCGUGACAACCGAACCGACCUCGUCCAUGCGACUCAACCCACGAACUCGCGGAUCCCGAAACGUUAGUGGUGAUACCAACCCAUUCAAAGGCGGGGAUGACGAGACGGCAGAUGAAGAUGCUGAUCGUCCCAAAGAGGACGUGCUGUGGGAAGUCGGUAGUCUCAGUGACACUUCAGACAACGAGGAAGACAAGCGAAAAGGUAUAGGCGGAGGCAGCAGUGGCGGAGAGAGAAGGGGUUUACUAUAUGACGACGAAGGGGAAGAGGUGGAUGAAUCUGUGCAAAAGACCUCAGCUAAGGGCGAUGGCAACGGGCAAGAUGACGAAGUAUACGGCGAGUACGAAGGUGUUCAGUCGGAGGAGCAGAAAAGGGAUCAAGCCAUGUCAUGAUCACUGCAUAUGCAUGCUCCUAUUAUAUC